AUGGAGGUUGGAGCUAAAUUGAGCAAGAACGAAAAGGGAGAAAAUGUGGAUUCAACAUUGUUCAAAAGUCUCGUUGGAUGUCUAAGGUAUUUGCCAUGUAUUCGGCCGAAUAUUCUUUUUAGUCUUGGAAUUAUUAGUCGAUACAUGGAGGUGCCCACGACGGAGAAAGUUAAGGCGGUAAAGAGGAUUUUGAGAUAUUUAAAAGGUACAAUUGACUUUGGACUGUUUUGUUCAUCGUCCAAGGAAUUUCAACUUGUUGGAUAUUCCGAUAGUGAUUUUGUCGGAGAUAUUGAUGAUCGGAAGAGCACAACUAGAUUUGUGUUUUUUAUGGGGUCUAAUGCAAUCUCAUGGAUUUUGUAG